AUCAAAUCGAACUCGUCAAGGUCGCAGCAGUGCGCAUGUUUUUAAACUUAAAAUAAUUUUAUUAAGUCUCAAAGAUUCAUGUGGAAUAGGUGUAUCCGACAGUUAUCGGAUUAUAUCACCAAAAUGUUGCCUGAAGUUGUAUUUGUUCUCGGAGCUCCCGGUGCCGGUAAAGGAACACAGUGUUCCCUAAUUUCCAAGGAAUUUGGUUUUGUACAUUUGUCUGCUGGCGAUUUAUUACGCGAGGAGCGCCAGAGGCCAGGUUCUGAGUAUGGUGAAAUGAUCGAGGAGAAGAUCCGGAACGGCGAAAUAGUUCCGGUCGAGGUUACAUGUUCGCUUAUACACAACGCUAUUCAAAAAUCAGGCAAGACAAGAUUUUUGAUAGACGGUUUUCCUCGAAAUAAAAAUAACUUAGAAGGAUGGGAGCGCGUCAUGUCUGAUAAAACUAAAUUACUUUUCGUGCUGUUCUUUGAGUGUUCGAGAGAUAUUUGUACGGAACGGUGUUUGAAGCGAGGCGCAGCGGGCAGCGGCCGCUCUGACGAUAACCUCGAAAGUCUCAAGAAAAGGUUUAACACGUAUCUUAAUGACACUAUGCCUAUAAUUAAUCAUUAUGACGAAAAAGGACUUGUACGUAGGGUCAAUGCUGAAGUGCCUCCAGAGGAAGUAUUCAAUGAUGUAAAGAAAGUUUUCAAAGAUUUAGAAUAAACCGCUAAUUAAAUUAUUAGACACAAUUUAAGUAAGUCAAGCACACGUAUGGUUCUUUAACUUCAAUAACAUUACGGGCCUGUUUCAUCAGUUGUGGAUAACCCAAUUUGACAGUUGACGAUAUCCAACAGUAAAAUUUUUGAUGUUUUAUUCUUUUCUACCAUCGAAUUCUACAGUUUUUGAGAUAUUAUUUUAAUCUUAAAGUUGCUGUUUAUUAAUUGAGGAGAAACAUGUCCUACUGGUUAUUUCUACCUCCUGCUGUCAAAAUCUAUUUUAUCAGUAUCCGUCGAAUAGCGUUACCUACAACUGAUGAAACAGGUCCUAAGUGCUAGUAUUCCUCUCUAAGAUAUAGUAAAGAUGUUAUUUAGUGGAAUUAUGUAAUAAAUCAUUCUAAAAGAGUAUUUUGAGUGUACUAGACAAUUAUAUAAAUUAUGAAUUGAAUCAAUGUAAUUAAAUUUUACUUUCAAGGUUUACACUGCGAUGUAUCAUAAGACCUUCACAAUAGCAUUGUAUUUUUUUGUAUACAGCAGAGGUCAUUUUAAAAGCUAUUUACCUGUUACUAUAAGUUUUAACAUUUCAAUUUAACUGUGCCAUAGAUUCAUUUUUAAAACGAGGCCAGAUAAUUUUUGAUGGGAAUCAGAUUAGAUAUACAAAUACAUUUAAUUUUUAUAAAGCUUCUACUUAUUUUGAAAGGAAUGUUAUCAUCGUUUGAUUGUGUAAUUGUUUAAAAUAUUUAAACAAAUUAAUUUUAUAAUAAAAUUGCAUUUACAGCUGAUGUUGAAAAUAAAGUGAAUGUUUGCCCAGCAAUAUUUAUUUAAUUAUAAUGUAGAGCUAAGUAAACAAAUGUGUAUAUGUAAAUAAAAACCAAAGUGAAUACAACCAAAAUUCAUGUGUUUUAUUAAAAAUAACUAUAUUUUAUUAA